CGCGCGGACGCCGGAACCUGGCGGGAGCAUGUGGAAGCUGGGACGCGGUCGGGUGCUUUUGGAUGAGCCCCCAGAGGAUGAGGAUGGCCUGGCCGGGGGUCCGCUGCCGGCCGCCGACACCACCUCGGCGCAGAAGACAGAUGACCUUUCUACAGAAAAUGGAGACACUGCCCUGCAGGUGCAGGGGGCGAGCUUCCGGGGGUGGAAGGACGUGACCUCGCUGUUCAGCAACGACGACGAGCAACACCUGCUGGGGAGGUGCCGGUCUCCCAAGUCCAGGCGAACCAACUUGCGGUUAAAGGAAGAGUUGAAGACAGAGAAGAAAUCCGGGUUUUGGGACAGUUUGGUUUUAAAGCAGAAUUUGCAGCCCAAGAAGCCAGAUGAGAUUGAAGGCUGGGAGCCCCCCAGACUUGCCCUGGAAGAUGUGGCGGCCGAGUCGGGGGACGGCCCGAGCUGCCGAGCCCCCCGGCCGGGCUGGGAGGAGGGGGCCACGGGCUCAGGCAAGUACACCAGCCUGGCCGGCCCGGGAAGCAGCUCGCGCUGGAGCCUCAGGGCGGCCGGGAAGCUGGUGGGCAUCCGGCGCCAGAGCCGCGGCCACCUGACGGACACGUGGGAGGAGCUGGAGUGACCUCGAGCCACGCCGCCCCCACCGCCCCCGCCUGAUGCUGCUGCUUCGCAUCUCACUGUGCCCUGACCCCCCGGGUUUGCCGUGCCGGGGCGUGCUCGCCAGUCUGCCGGUCGCGGUCUUUCCCCGACCAAGCAGAGUGGAGUCCGCUCUGCCCGUGUCCCCGUUUGGACUUCUGUCUCGCACGCUGGGCGGUGGCUUCCAAACCCAUGGUCGCUGGGGCCACCGCUGCCGUCCUGGGCUCCCCCGGGGAGCCCGCCUCGGAGGUGCGGGUGUUGGGUGCUGCCCCGGGGCACCCUGCGAGACGCCGCCUUCCCCGGCUGCAGCCCUCGGCUCCGA